AUGCGGCGGCCCUGCAAGGUGGCGGCGGCCCUGCUGUGCCUGGCCGUGCUGCUGCUGCUGUACCUGCUGGCGGGCAGCGCGGCCCCGCCGCCCGCGCCCUCCGCGCCCGCCCGCCGCCCGCCGCGCCUCGGCCGGAGCCCCCCGCGCCGGAGCGGCGGCACCGCCGGCCACAGGAAGCCUGGGGAACAGAAACAUCCAAAGGAGCCUUCAUCCUUGCAGUGCAUGCAUCUGGCAGUGGUGGCAUGUGGGGACCGGCUGGAGGAGACGCUGAUCAUGCUGAAAUCAGCAGUUCUCUUCAGCAACAGGAGGCUCUGCUUUCACAUUUUUGCUGAGGAUUCCCUUAAGCCUGAAUUUGAGAAGAAGUUAAAGGAGUGGCCUUCCUCAUAUACCAAGAAGUUCGAAUCCAACAUUUACCCCAUAACCUUCUCAGUGGGAAAUGCUCAGGAAUGGAAGAAGUUAUUCAAACCAUGUGCAGCCCAGCGCCUCUUCCUUCCGGUCAUCCUGAAGGACGUGGAUUCCCUCCUUUACGUGGACACCGACGUUCUCUUCCUGAGGCCCAUCGACGACAUCUGGCACAUCCUGCAGGAGUUCAACUCCACACAGCUGGCUGCCAUGGCCCCGGAGCACGAGAUCCCCAAGAUUGGCUGGUACAGCCGCUUCGCACGUCACCCUUACUACGGGACAACGGGGGUCAACUCCGGGGUGAUGCUGAUGAACUUAACGCGCAUCCGCAGCACUCAGUUCAAGAACAGCAUGAUACCAGGUGGUUUGACUUGGGAGGAAAUGUUAUACCCAUUGUACCAAAAGUACAAAAAUUACAUUACGUGGGGAGACCAGGAUUUACUAAAUAUCAUUUUUUACUUUAACCCAGAGUGUCUCUAUGUGUUCCCCUGCCAGUGGAACUACCGGCCCGACCACUGCAUGUACGGCAGCAACUGCAGAGGGGCCGAGGAGGAGGGGGUGUCCAUCCUGCACGGGAACAGGGGCGUCUACCAUGAUGACAAGCAGCCCACGUUCAAGGCACUCUACGAGGUGAUCCGUGAUUUUCCAUUUGAAGACAAUCUCUUCCAGUCCUUGUACUACCCUCUGCAGUCGAAGUUUCUGGAUACAGUGCACACUUUAUGUGGGAGAAUUCCACAAGUAUUUUUGAAGCAAAUUGAGAAAACUAUGAAGAAGGUGUAUGAAAAUCGUGUCAUUGUCUACUUGGGGGCCAACCACAGAUAUUAACUGUAGCUCUAUUUUUACAGAGUUUUUAAUUCUUGCACUCCAUCUCAUGAAGGAUAUAAAUGAACAAUAUGAACUCCUUUUUACUGAAACUUGGAAUUGAAAUGUUUCCAUAUCCAAUUUUAUAAUAACUAAGCUAGCAGGAAAUCCUAGAAGCCUACUUUAAGUGUUAUUUCUUUGGACCUUCUUUCUCUUCCCGGGUUUACUCUUGUUGCAACAGGGAGAGAUGAUGAUUCACACUUUAAUUUGGGUUUAGUUUGGAUGUUUAAACAGCUGUCUUGCUGUAACUUUCCUGAAACUGUGCAAAAGGUUGUGCUGCUCUGAGGCUUGACAGAGAAUUUAUGGUUGGAGCUUUGUAACAUGGGGACUCUUGAAAUGAUGGGGCAAAUAUUCUUGAGUGUCAUGAGAAUUCUGAAUUACAGCAAAGAUCACUCCUGCGACAGGAUGAGUUAAAAUUUACUGUAGUAAAGGGAAAGUGUGUGCUU